AUGCUUCUUCCUCGGUUUUUGGUCUUCUUCAUUUUCACCACUAUUGUCUAUGCAUUCCCUGUGCUUAUCAAGACGAGGGUUGCUCCACAUCAAAUUGCCAUCGUCACCAAGAUGAUGAAUGGGAAUUGGUGGCCUUUCCAAACGAUAGCACCAUCGCCGACAACACCAGCGAUGGUCACCAGCACAGUCACGGCUCAUCCAAAUCUGCCAACACAACCUCCGCCAACAACCACGGCUCCACCAUCAACCAGUCUUUCGCAGACAUACUCAAGCUCUGCGGGAGCAUCGCAGGCGACACCGACCACUGAUCUUGUUCAAGUGGUGGCAUCAACUCCACAAGUUGGCAGUGCUUACACCGACACCGUGAGCGAGUUGUGGCUGCGAUUCCACAACAGCAACGGAUGGAACGAAGACGAUAGCAUCUGCAAUAAUAGCAAGUCUGACGAGCUCUCGCUUUGGGAUUUGGCAGUCUUGGGCAAGGCGAUAGCCGAUACGCAGGAUGUUUCAGGCUUGGAGACGACGAUAGACGAAAUCAUGAACCACUUGGACCUGGAUACGGGUGCCUUUUCGGCUUUCCCCAACUUGCCAGAUCAGAUAUUUGCCGACGAUAACGGCCAAAUAUUGUGGGUGUUUAUAGACGCUUACAAGUUGACUGGGAACCAGAAGUAUUUGUCUACAGCGGAGGGGAUCAUGAAGUACCUCCAGACGCAAAAUUAUAACAACACCGGUGGUAUAGUGUGGCAGGUGAAUCAGAACUACAUUGCUUCCAUCUCCACCGUAGAAGCUGCGUUAGCUGCAGUGAGACUAUAUGAGGUGAAUGGCGACCUGUCGUUGAUCCCAUUUGCCGAGCAGUGCAUGAAUUUCAUGUUUAAAUAUUUGCAAGACCCCUCGGACCAUUUGUUCUACGACGGGUUAGAUAAGACGGCAUUCAGUUCGGUCAAUAAAGGGAAAUUGACAUACACCGUCGGCUGCGCGAUGAGCACAUUGUCGUUACUUUACAAGCACACUUAUCAAAGAUCUUUUCUCAACCAAGCGGUGACUUUAGCCCAGGCUGCCACGAACAGGAACGGGGCUUUCUAUACUGCGCAAAAGACAUGGAAUAAUAGCUUGCUGUACGUUCAUUUACUUUUCGUUGGCUUUUAUGACGCUUUCCAAGUCAGCUCAAACUUUGAUGAGUACAAAGCCGAGGUCUCGAGGCAGGGCAACUUUGUUUACCAGUUCUUGCAAGAUCCCGAGGACAAGAAUCUUUAUUUCGACAUGAUACUGGCGUCUUCUACACCGGUUCAUCGACGGUAUACAAACACAUUCACCAAUGCCGCUCCAAACUACCUUCCGGACAGCCUGCUUUUCUGCAACGGCAACACGUCGCAACACACCAAAAAGAGUCUCAUGGUCAACGCGAGCGCAGCGCAAAUCUUGUAUGUAAUGUCGUUGCUCAGCUAA